GGUAAUGACACAUUGGACUACACUGUGCCAGGCAGGCUGUAGAGGUUCCAAGCUUUCCGAGGCAUAAGGUCCUCUACAACCAUGGCUGAAUCCCAGCUCAUGUGCAUGGAAGACGGGCACAUCGGAGUCAAUGUCCCGGAGUCCAAACCGGAGUUUUACUACAGCGAGGAGCAGCGCGCGGCCGUGGAACAACUUCUGAAGAAUGGCGACGGAGCCUUUAAAACGCAGCUCAAGCAGGAUAACAUGAAAGACUUUUUGUCUGCAAGAGAACUCAAAAACCUGUUGAACACUUUCAAACGGUAUGACGAGGAUAGUGAAGGCAGCGGUAGCAAGACGUCUCCCCCCAAGCUAGAGCAUGGAGCCGGCGGAAUGGACACGGACUCGGGGGUCCAUUCCACCUACUGGCCCCAAAUGUCGGACACAGAGGUGCCACCGCUGGAUAUCGGCUGGCCCAGCGGGGCUCUGUUUAAAGGGGUGACCCGGGUGACCGUGCACACCCACCCACCCAAAGACAACGGACCUCAUAUCAAGGAGGUUGUAAGGCGGCUCAUUCAGGAGGCCAACAAGGUGAUAGCAAUAGUGAUGGACUUGCUCACAGACAUUCAGAUCCUGCAGGACCUGAUGGAGGCAGCAUGUCGUCGUUCUGUGCCCGUUUAUAUUUUGUUGGAUGGCCAAGGUGUACCACACUUCCUUGACAUGUGCUCCAGGCUUCAGAUUGGCUCACAGCACCUGCGGAACAUAAGAACCAGAACACUUCAAGGAGUUGGCUUUGGUUUGUCUUUUGGGAGAUUUCCUGGUUCACUCUGUAAUAAAUACAUGCUGGUAGAUGGUGACAAAGUCGUGUUUGGCUCCUACAGUUUCUCCUGGUGUACAUCUCGCAUGGACCGCAACAUGAUCACGGUGAUGACAGGACAGGUGGUUGACUUCUUUGACAGAGAUUUCCGUGAGUUGUAUGCUGUCUCUGAGAAACUGAACCUAUUCAAGGAGUUUAAUAUUACUCCACCUUCUGGUAACAUGACAGCCACAGUUCGUUCUAAAGUGGAACCCAAACGGCCGCCAUUACCAGCAACCACAUCCCGCUUCCAGGUCACUUUAGGAGAUUCGCGGAAUGCUGACAUCCAGGUGCCUGCACACAAAUACUACAACCCCAAAUACUUACUGGCAUAUGGGAAUAUACCUUAUCCACCAGGAUCUCUGCAAGAGUCUGGAACUAAGAGGGGUCCAGCUUUGGCUGAGGUUUCUGAAGAGAGAGACCAGGCAAGACCUCGACUGACCAGCAGUGAGAGGAUGGACCAGUUGAGUCCACUGCCAUCAGAAGCCCCAAGCGAAAACACGAAGAGGUCAAAUGGAGUCACACUGGACAAAAAGGGAAGGUCUUCAUGGAAGCCAAAACUCUUAAGGAAAAAGUCAUCCAGUAAACUUUCUGUGAGAAACAGUCCAAGUCCUCCACCCGUAGAAACUAUACACAGUGAUAAAACUGAGGACAGUUGUGAAGUGGUUGUAGUAACUCCAUCCAAACGGAGUCAGGGGCAUCAUAAACUGGGCCGAAGAGCAGGAUCUCAACAAACUGUCAACGCCGCACAUGAUAAUGCGAGUAUUAAGAGUCGACAUCGAGAAAAACCAGCAUGUGCCGUGUCCUGAGCCGAUCCACCUUACUUCUAACCACACACUACUGUCAUGUUUUAAAAAUGAUUCACAAACUGAAACAAAUGUACAGCUGGUCAGUUACUGACAUGCAGUUUUUUAUUGUUUUAUUUUAUUAUUUUUUUAAGUGACAAAUGUGAAAUCAAGUAUUAUGAGAUAAAUGCAGCCUCAGUAAAGUACUCAUUCCAUAUAUUUUGUUUUGCUUUGACCUUUGUUGGGACUUAAGGUUCUUUUGGCACAAUUUAAAGUUGGCUUUGUUCAGCUGAGUACAUUUUUUUUCCCACCCAUCUUUCCCUAAAAACAUUUGGAAUUAACCCCUCAGCGCCUGAAUUUAUUUACAGUUUAAAAACAAAGUAAAUAAAGGACAAAACAAAAAGACUGUAAUUAAAUAAAGAAAUACAAAUUAAAUUCAUUAGAUAAAUAAUAUUUCAUGUAAAAUAAAUACAUAAAUAAGAAUGAGUAAAGGCAAAUAGAUAUAUAUAUGAAAACAAAAAAGGGCAGAAGGCGUUUGUCGCAUAUUUCACAAACAGGAGUCAAGGGGUUACUGACAUGGAUUACAAGCUGAAAGAAUGUGUUGAGUAAACCUGCUGCAUUGUAUGUCAUCCAUAUUACCAAAGAAAUUGUGUAAGUAAAUUAGCGCAAACUGUAUGUUUUAUUUCUCCUCAGGAACCGGCCUGCAUUUGUUAGGUUAUGCAGAAAAAGCAAAUGUAUAAUCUUGCUUGGGACAUAAUUGAUCAAAUUUAA